UCCUGUUCCAAUAAAUGGCCUUCAUUUGAUCUAUCACUCAUUUAAUUUUUCUAUUGUUUUGGGUGAAAGGAAGUCCCUUGAUAUUCUCCGAGUACGGACCUGUGUUUCGGACGGAACCAAUGAAAUACGCAUGCGCUCUUCACUAAUGAGUGACGUCAUUGAAAUGUCAACACUUGUCAAGUAGUAAGGCGUUACGUAAACUUCUAGCUCGUGACUGUUUCUCUAGCUGAAAUCGCCAUUUUCCUUCAAACUCUUCAGAAAUAAAUGCGGAACCAAACAAGAUAGUUUGCAUGUCGUGUGUUCCAUGUCAUAUUUAGUGUAUUGUUAAAUGUUAUAAUAUAUAGAAUAUAAGUUCAAUUCGCCAAUAAAAUGAAAAAUUUAGUUUUGUGUGUUAUCAACGUUCUAUUUUUUAUCCACACCGCAUAUUCAACGGUUCAAAUCCAAGCUAUAGACAAAAGUAUUCAUUUUUCACCUAAGGAGAACAUUAAACUAGUUUGUAAUGUUACAUUUAGCCAAGAUGAUCCUACACCAGAAGUUAGAUGGAUGAGGGGCGGUACUGCUGUAACGGCGGUGGAUGACUUGAAAGAGAGAGCGAAAGUACGGUGGGACCCGCACAAUCGUAUUUCGGUUCUCAUGGUAGAGCGGGCCAAAGAUGAGGAUGCUGGCAACUACUCUUGCGUCGCAUUCGACAAAGAGAACGAGUUGUCGCGGGACAGUAUAAUAGCCGCCAAACCCCUUGUUGUGCGUACACCAAAGAACUUGAAUUUUGUUGAAGAAGAGAAAUUAAGAGUAACAUGCAAGCCUAAUAGGGAAGCAAAAAUACAUUGGGUGUUCCAUGGCAAAGAGUACCACGAGUCCAGGGACCGAGUGAUAUUAGAAGAUAACGAAGAGGAUGGCAAGAUAAUUCCUAAUGGAACUUUCGUGCUAGAAAAGGCCGAGAGAGACGAUCGAGGCGAAUUACUGUGCGUCGGAACCGACCCCGUGACGGGAGACACUGCCAAUUACACUUGCAUGGUGCGCGUUAAAGACAAAUAUGCACCAUUGUGGCCAUUUUUGGGAAUAUGUGCAGAGGUGAUAGUACUAUGUGCCAUUAUAAUAAUUUAUGAGAAGAAACAUAAGACAGCAGAUUUGGAAGAGAGCGAUACUGAUCAAAGUCCUGACCAAAAAAAUACCCCUGACCAAGCAAAAGGGACGAAAGUGAGGCACAGGCAGUGAACAAAGAAAAUAGCGUGUAACGAGCAGUACCCCCGAAACCACCGCGUAUGGGCUACAAACUGCCUCUGUACUGUCUCAAAAAUUACACCGGUUUAGAGCAGGACGUUUUUUUCUUUCUUCCUAGCGGCAGGCCAAAAGACACUUGCAAGACUCGCAUACCAAAGUACAUUUUUAUUAAUUUAUAAUUAUCGAGGCCUGGCGAUUAGGAACUGCAAAAAACUCGACAUAGAAUUAGGUAAUGAUUAUAUUGUUGAAAAAGCCUUCCCGCGCGUCAAAUAUUAGCCGUUUCAUUGCAUUAUUUUUUAUUGCUUAUCGUUUUAAUCCAGCCAUAUGUGUACUUAUAUAGGUAUGUUUUUGAUAUCGUACUUGAAUUUAUCUGUAACAUUAGGGACUUAUAAAUUACAAACUAACUAAUGUGCAUUAACAUGUAGUCCAACAGAUCAAUUAAGGUUUAUUUCUUGUAAGUGAAGAUUGCAGCAAGUAAGGUUUUAAACCCAUUUUAAUCGCAUGAUAGUUUUUAUUCUAUGGUUUCUUUAUAUAAAAUAUCGUUUGAUGUUUAGAGAAUAUUUCAAAAUAUGGUAACACUGAUCUUCUGCGAUUUAUUUGUUAAUAUGUGUUUCUUGGGCAUAAGAUAUCCAUCCUCUGAGUUUCUGUGUUAGGAACUACAAGAACCCCGCAAUGAAAUUGGCUCUUAUGUGACGGAACUGUGAACAUUUUGUAUAUAGGAUCGGAAAAGUAUACACACUCCUGUUUAUAUAGUCGUGCUGUUAUAUAAAUAUUUUAAACUUUGCGGAUUGUUUUCAUUUCACAUUUGUAUUCCAUUCCAUUCAGUUACCUUUCACUAUCACUGCUUCUAUCGUAAAUCAUGGCAUGCAGGGUUUUUCCAUUCACCUACCAUUAAUUUUUCAAAAUAUUCUUCAGCUACUUUGCGCUUAAUUUAUUACAGCAAACAUUUUUUAGGAAUUCCCAUAGAAAUGAGCAGUUAAGUCUAGCUUUAGGGCCAGAUGACGUAUCCUAAUUGGUAGAGAUACUUUGGAAACAAUAUAUUUUCUUCAGCUGUGUUACAUAUUGCUUUGUUUUUCUAGAAUCACAUUUCUUGCAGAUUAAGUUGUCGGAUUUUAGGAACCACAAAGUUUUACCUUUCCUUACUUUUUUGAAGAAUCUGCAGGUACUUUUCAUAGUGCAACUGGCUAGCGUUGUCCUUAUAUGAACUUUGUGGCUCCUAAAAUUUAACAACUUUACCUGCAAGAAAUGUGAUUUUAGCAGGAUGGAUCAUCGUGUUACACAUCUAGAGAAAUGAUAAAUCUUCUGUGAAGCAGGAGGAGGAUAUUUUUAAUUUUUUUUCAAAUUGCCGUUCCAGAUGAGAGCAUUUUUAUCUCAGUUUGAGCGGGUCGUACACGCAUAAGCUAUCGGAUUUUUGAUCUUCAUUCCUCACAAAACAUAAUUUCUCUGGUUGUGUCACACAUUGGUUUGUUCUGCCGGAAUCGCAUUUCUUGCCGAUUAUGUUGUCGGGUAUUAGGAACCACAUAGUUUUGCAGCAUAUCCUGGUAAUCAGCAGGUAAUUUUCUCAUUGUUACUGGCUAACAUUGUCUUCAUAUGAACUUUAUGGCUCCUAAAAUUCGAUAACUUGACGUGCUAUAAAUGUGGUUCCAGCGCAGGACGGAGCAUCGAGUCACACAUCUAGAGAAGUGUUGAAUUUUAUGAUGGAGCACUUAGUUUAGAGGGCUGCAUGAUAUCGUGAUAUGAUUUUUCAUAUAUAACUCCUAGCUUCCAUUGAAAUGUUGUCGUAAAUAUUUGUAGUACAUUUCAAUGUUGAUAUUGCAGCAAACGAUAUCAGCAUUGUAGUACAAAUAUUCAAUUGAUCAAUAGAGUUGCUUUAUAUAAAGCAACACGUUGGGACAAAUUGGGAAAAACUCUGCAUCAGUUAUAUCUACCACAUAUAUUACCUUAAGAAAUUCAAUGAUUUUAUCCAGAUACUUUCCAUUAUGAAUUAUGAAUGUCAUCUUUUUGCUACAAGCAUUAUUUUUUAUACACAAUUUCUACAGAAAAUCGUUGUUGCUUGACUCUCAACGUUCUGUUUCUCCAUUAAUAAUAGCUCUACAUUGUAUUGAUUAUAAGGAAUAAUAAAAGUAACUAUGAUUUUAACAUUUUAUUCAGGUAUUUGAGUAUUUCACUUCUAGAACACUGUGUAUGUGAAUGAUAGACAUCAUUAAGCUAGAUAAACGUUAAAAUUGAGACAUUUUGAAGUGAUAUAUGAUAUGCUAAAAAUGAUAAUUUUUUAAUACAUUGACAAGGGGCUGUUACUUAGUCAGAAGGUUAACCUGUCUUGAUUCUGUGGCUUUGCUUGCUGACUCUAUCUUUAUCAUUAGAUUUGCCAUCACAUCCAUUCCAUUUGGUGCCAAGGAACUGUUAGUCUAAUCAUAUUAGACGAAAAUACCCCUGGUUUGCGAAAUAACUGUAAAGUCUGGUAUUAUUGCUGCAUGUUGUUCAAGGCGGUAUUUAAAACAUGGUCGCAUAAAAUGGGUACAAUUUUUGUGGGAAAACUUUUUACUCACCAACAAACAAUGAGAAAACGUGUUUUUUGGGAAUCAAUCGAAAGUGUUGGCAGGAAAGACAAAACUAUUCAUAUAAGGUUUUUAGGUAUUUUUGAGACCUACAAAAUGAGAGCAUACGUAAAAAGAUUCGACUAAUAGCAAAAAAAUUAUGGCCUAAAACCGAAGCAAACUGCAGGGGCUUGAUUCUAAAUGAGUCUCGACCGUUGAAAUUAACUUCGAAGGCGCCUUGUGACGAUAUAUUUGAUUCGCUAUGAUAAUUUUGCCAUCUGAUUAGAUUCAUCUCAUAUAUUCAAAUUAUCAUGGCAGUGUCAAAAUUAUCAUAGCUAAUCAAGUAUAUCGUCACAAGGCACCAUCGAAAUCAAUUUCAACAGUCGACACUCAUUUAGAAUCAAGCCCCGGGUCUUCAUACUUGUUAGUAAUGCGACGAUGGUUCCUCGCAGAUAUUUGAAAUACUUUAAAUUCGUAGGAUUCAUACUUCUAAAUAACCACAACAAAAUUGGAGUAGAUUGGUCAAUUAGUUUUUGAGAAUUUCCAAUUGUUUAUCCCAAAACACCUGUUUUCCGGCCAUCACUACUAGUUUAUUGAGCAAUAUACAGGGUUAGUUCAAAGAGCAUUUUAUAGCAAAAUACACUAGUUUACCUUGCUGAUAUGAAUCGCAAACCAUUCCGAAAGAUAAUAUUAUUUUUAUGCAAAAAAGGAUCGGCUACGUUUUUUUUUCUAAACAAAUUCAAACAUUGAGUAUUUGUUUUUAAUUCGCAACAAAAGAUGAUAAACACAUCCGCUUUGUUUCAAAAUGUGUAUACAAAUAAGAAAUGUUUGAAUUUGUGUAGAAGAAAAAACGUAACCUUUGUUUUUCGCAAAAAAUAACAUCUUUCAGUAUGGUUUAUGAUUUAUAUCGGCAAGGUAAACAUGUGUAUUUUGCUAUUAAAUGCUCUGUAUAUUGCUCAAUAAACUAGUAGUGAUGGCUGGAAAACAGGUGUUUUGGGAUAAACAGUUAGAAAUUCUCAAAAACUACGUGACCAAUUUGCUAAAAUUUUGUUGUUUCACGUAGUUGCGUGAUAUCGUCGCAUUACCAACAAGUACCAAAACCUGCAUUUUGCCUCGUUUUUCGGCCUUAACAUUUUUGCUAUUAGUAGGAUCUAUUUACAUGUGGUCUCAUUUUGUAGGUCUCAUAAAUACCUGAACAUAUUAUUUGAAAAGUUUUUCGAUUCUGGCAACACUUUCGAUUGAAUCCCAAAAAACAGGAUUUCUCAUUGUUGUACACAUUUUAUGAGUCCAUGUUUUAAAUACCCUCUUGAGCACCAAUAAAACCAGACUUGACAAUUAUUUUGGGGAAAUUUGCUAAUAUGAUUAGAGUAUGUAUAACAAUGUUAAACCUUUGUUCAGGGAUGAAGAUUGAGAUACAGUUAUUUGAUACCAGAUGGAACUCACUAUGCUGCGUCUAAACGUCUGUACCUGUCUCUAUUUUAUGAAAACGACAGCAAACCCUUGAUUGAUAUGUCAGUUGUAACUGAAGACGAUGAGAUGUACCAUAGAAACGUUACUGUGUUUUGUCUUCUAGCUAAAAUACGACGACAUCCUUAUCUCGUAAAAAACCGCAACUUAUUAAGUAACUGUAGCUGUUAAACACAAAAUUGAUACGUGCUAGCAAUCGCAGCCUUCUUAACGUCCAACAAUGGUGGCAGAACGUUGAUUUAAGUUGGGUUCAGAUUUGCUGCCCUAGAAAAUGGUUGAUCAUUGAGUUGCAGUUGUUUAUUCAUGGUACGAAUUUUGCAUUUAACAGUAACAUAUGCAUUUUUUACAUGGUAAGAGUGGACAAUUGUGACAUCACAUGUAAAUGUUUACUGAUAACCUUAGUGAAUUGCGAUCACAUAUGUAAGUAUAAUAGAUCCACAGUAUCCACAUUUCGGAGCAAUAUUGUGUUAAUGUAAGCUGAAUUCGCUACCAAUAAUACUAUUCAUGGUAAAAGCUUUAAGCAAUGAUGAACUAAAAAAACCAGGCAUUUUUUAAAACUAUGAAGGUUUCCCUUCAUUUCCUUGUAAGGACUGUUUCAAAUUCAAAAGUUUGCCAUAUAAUCUUACUGCUGAUCCAUCUGUUCAAUCCUCCUGAUUAGUGAGAAUACAAAAUUUUUUGAAAAACGCACAGUGCAAGAAUAUUUCAAUUUUGGACUUCAGCUAAGAAUUAUUAUGUUAUUGUUUAAUUAAAAAUAUAAUAACGGUCAUAUAACAAAAAUUGCGAGUAAAUAUAGUGAUAAACUAGAAAUGUUUGUGUAUGCUGUCAUUUGAUUAGAAUAUCGGAAUUUUUUUAUUGAGGAAAAAUUACAGUUAUUUUAUAGAAUAUCACUUAUAUAUCAUUCUGAACAUUAUUUAAAUACAGAAUUUGGUUUUAGCGUAUUAUAGAAAUUCCACCUCAAUUGUCGAAAACGUAACAGAUUCCAACAGGUCUAUCUAUUCCAAAUAGCUUAAUAUAACUACAUUUUUUAUCUCAAUCUAACCAAUACUUGACAGUCCUGUUAUAAUAUGACCAAAAGGGUGAUUCCACGGAUUCAACAGUUCAAAAUAGCUUAGGAUACCAUUGAUGCAAUAGAACCUUUUUUAUGUCUGUUUUGGAAAAAAAACCUUCAAAACGUAUAGCUUCUUUUAAAUCCCUUUUAUCAUUUUUCUGAAAACACAUGAUCUUUACGUAGGUACCUUAAUCUACCACAUACUUCAGUAUCAUUACCCCGAAUCAAAAUGUCAUUAUAUGUAAAUAAGUAUUCUUUUUCUAUGUAUUAUGGUUUUAAUCAUCAACUUUUUUCAAUAAUAUUUGCUAGAAUAUUUCCAUGUGACUUUUAAGGUGGGAAAACUGUCGGGAUUAACGCUUUUAUUAUUUUAUUUUUGCAUUUUUGUCUGUAACUCCCACCUGAAUUUCUACUAUUUUAAAUAUUAUUCGCGACUAGCGUUAAAUAUAUUGGUGCUUGCACAAAAAAAUGUUAUUUGUUAUAAGAGAAAUAUAUUAUUUCAACAUUU